AUACAGGGUGAAGAAAGAUUGACCUUAACAUUUAAACAGAAUAAGCCAGUGAAGCUGAUAUUUGGGUUUACUAGCAAUAAGGAACCAGACAGUUAUGGUCUGAUGAUGUACCAUAAGAACCGACUUAUCAGAGCCUAUGAGAAAAUUGGUUGUCAAAAACAAGCGAAUGAUCAUGGUGUUGGUGUGAUUGGGGUUGUGGAGUGUAACUUUCUAGAUCCAAUACAUAAUAAACAGGAAUUCAACAAGACAGAUAAAUACUUAGCAUUUAUGCAGAAUGCAGCUAACAAGUUAAACGAUUACUUCUACGAGAAGACAAAAUGUGAAAAUCCGAAUUCUAAGUCAAUACCUCAUACCUCGUAUGCUACCCUUAAACCCGACGCUCAUUUCAAUCGUUGUGACAUUCCAGAAGAGCCCGAGGAUGAUGACGAGGCAUUACAAACUACAUAUCGUAAAACAUACAAAAAAACUCAGGCUGAGAAAAAUAGACAAGCACGUCUUAUAGAGGAGAGAAAAUUGAGGGAAAAAGAAGAAUCAUUAAAAAGGAAGGAAGAAUUGCUGCAAAAGAAGCUGUCUGAAAUUAACAGAAAGCAGACAGAACUUGAGGAAGUAUCUUCAAGCCAGGACAAAGUAGAUCGAAAACCAACUGUGGCAGAUCUGGACCAUGCGAAAAAGUCAUUAAAAGUUUAUCAGGCGAAGAUGGCAAUGCAGGAGAAUACAAUAAAACAACUUGAAAUACAAAAGAAGCAGAUUGAGCAGAAGUCUACAGCCAUGUUACGUAUGGCAGAGUCGUUACGGUUAACAAAUGUUGCCAGUAAGAAUUUAGAGGAAAAAGUUAAAGACUUGACAGGUACUAGCAGUUCUGCAGUCUCUUCAAGCAGUCAUGCACUUCGUCCACCCCAGAAAAGGAAGAGUACAAGCAAAGAUGAAAGCAGUGCGAAAGUAGCAAAAAUAAAAACAGAAGGAGGAGGAUUUGUAACCAUAAAUUUAGAUGAUGAUCGUGUUGUAGAUCUAACACUUGAUGAAGAUGAUAUUUCUAAUGACAUGGAAGUCGAAAGUAGUGUUUCAUCUGACAAUCAAACUAAAUCUAAAGAUAAGACUUUGGAUAAAAAUACCUCAGUGUCAGUUUGA